UGGUGGUAGGUGGCGGUACAUUGCUAUUGAAGAGACCGUAUCUUGAACUGGCUCGCUCACGAGCAGCCACUUGCCCCUCCACACCUUCCCAUUUCGCUGUACAAACCUAAACCAUCCCCACCCACACCCAAUCACCUCCACCAUGCCUCCGCCGGAAAUUCCACCCUCGGGCGAUCCCCGCCGGGUAGCCCCCCACAUCGCCCUCCUCCCCAGCGCUGGCAUGGGCCACCUCGCCCCCUUCUGCCGCCUCGCCGUCGCCCUCUCCGACAGCGGCUGCGACGUCUCCUUCAUCACCAUCCAACCCACCGUCUCCUCAGCCGAGUCCCGCCACGUCGCCACCCUCCUCGCCGCCUUCCCGCGCCUCCGGCCCCUCGACUUCCGCCUCGCCGACUUCGACCCCUCCGCCUUCGCCUCCACCGACCCCUUCUUCCUCCGCUUCGAGGCGAUCCGCCGCUCCGCCCACCUCCUCCCCACUCUUCUCGCCGCCACCUCCCCGCCGGUCUCCGCCCUCGUCGUCGACAUCAGCUUGGCCUCCGAGUUCCUCCCCGUGGUCACCGGCGUCGGCCUUCCGUGCUACCUUCUCUUCACCGCCUCUGCCGCGAUGCUGUCCCUCUGUGCACACUUUCCAGCGUACAUCGCCAACAGAACCACCGCCGGCGUCGGCGACGUCGACAUCCCGGGGCUGUGGACAGUUCCCAAAGCCUCCAUCCCGCUGCCGCUCUACGACCCGAACAACCUCUUCACUACCCAAUUCGUCGAGAAUGGUCGAAUCCUUCAGAAAGCCGACGGCAUCCUGAUCAAUACAUUCUAUGCCUUGGAGCAGGAGGCGCUGGACGCGCUGAACCGGGGGAAGGUGGUGCCCGGGCUUCCUCCAGUGGUCGCCAUGGGACCGCUGAAACCCGUGAUGGGUUGCGAAGGAGGCUCGGCGCUCCCCUGGCUCGACGCCCAGCCGGCCCGGUCGGUGGUCUACGUGAGCUUCGGGAGCCGGACCGCCAUGUCGGUGGACCAGAUGAAGGAGUUGGGAAGUGGGCUGGAGAGGAGUGGAUGUAGGUUCUUGUGGGUGGUGAAGAGCAAGGUGGUGGACAGAGAGGAAGAGGUGGAGUUGGAGGAGUUGUUAGGAGAGGAGUAUCUGGAAAGAGUGAAGGAGAGGGGAUUGGUGGUGAAGGGGUGGGUGGAGCAAGAGGAGAUCCUGAGGCACAGAGCCGUCGGUGGGUUCGUUAGUCAUUGUGGGUGGAACUCGGUGACCGAGGCGGCGUUGCACGGGGUGCCGAUCUUGGCGUGGCCGAGGAUGGGGGACCAGAGGGUGAAUGCGGAGGUCGUGGCAAGGGGUGGGCUUGGGAUUUGGGUGAAGGGGUGGAGCUGGGAAGGUGAGGAGAAGGUGGGGAGUGCGGAGGACAUCGGCGAGCGCGUGAGGGAGCUGAUGGAGGACGAGGGCUUGCGGGCGUCGGCGGCGAGAUUGGGGAUGGAGGCUGUGAAGGCUGUGGCUGUGGACGGGAGCUCAGGUCAAGGGCUGGCACAGUUCAUAGGAAAGCUUUGAAGGAGUCGUCCAGGGGGAAGUUGGUUGUGUGAUGAACGAGCUGCUGGUUUUGCUCGUUCUUUGUUCUAAAUAAUGCGGCUGGCUGUUUGUGAUGGACGAUUAUGCAUCUCUUUAGCAUUUGUUUGUGUCAAACUGAUCUUCUCUUUUGGAUUCACAAUGUGUCUACUUCCCUGUCUUGGCAACAAUAUAUAUUAGUUUAGACUGUUAAAAAGCA